AUGUCCCAACCAGCCGGGCCCCCAGAGCAGCCUAUGUGGGACACCUCCUUCCUCUUCCAAGGCCGAGACGUGGCCACCAUCUUCUCUGAAGACACCGCCCUGGCAAUUGAAUAUUAUCCGUACAAAGCCAUAUGGGAUGCUCCGGGCACCCUCAUUCCCAUGGGAUACUCGGUGCUGCCCCUCACCAGCUGCGUUUUCCGGGAGCUGGCAGCGCAGAGCGGCGGGAUGCACGUGGACGGUCUCACCAUGCAGGGCACGGACCUCAAAACCACAUCUGGGGCCAUCCCGACCGUGGGGCUCUGCCUGCAGCUCCUUCAAUCGGAGCUCCACCGAGAUGAUGUGGCCCUCCCGGUGUCUGAUGCCAUGGCCAGCAUCCUGCCAGGAAAGCAGCCAUUCCCGUGCAGGACGGGAGCCCCGUCAGAGGAGCGGAGGUCCCAGGGGAUCAUCAGGGACCACCAGGAGCCAGUGAAUGCCAGGGAGGCUGGAGGAGCAGGGGGCAAUGUGGGCACCAGGGGGGACAGCAAUGACCCCGAGGUGGUUUGGGGCUCUUGUGGGGACCAAAGACAGGCUGCUGUCGGCUCUACACUGCCGGAGGCAAGCAGCUACCGCCUGGCACUGAAGCAAAUGGCAGGGGACCUCCUGUCCCUGCGCAAGCACGUCACCAGCCUGGAGGUGGAGAAUGGGCACCUGCGGCGCAGCCUGGCCUCGCAGGAGGAGCUGGGCCACGCUCUGCUCACUGAUGUGGACCUGGAUGUCAUGACCCGGGAGGAGCUGCUGGACAGGCUUGCCACCCUCAAGCGCAAGCUGAUGGCUGGCACGGCGGAGAUGAAGAGGCUGAAAGACCGUAUGCAGCAGCUGCAGAAUGAGCUGAUCCGGAAAAAUGACCAGGAGAAGGAACUGGUGCUGCUCCAGCAAGCCCAGCGGCAGCAGCAAGCCACUCUGAGGAGGUGCCAGCAGAAGGUAGCCAAGAUGAAGGGCUUGGAGGAGACAGUGAGGCAGCAGGAGAAGGUGAUCGAGGCGAUGGAGCGGAUGCUGCAGAAGAAGCUUGCUGGGGCAGGCAGGAGCGCUGAGAAGCCAGUGGGUGAAGCCCUCUCCAGGGAAGUGUAUGCCGCACUGCUGGCCGAGAACCACAGGCUGCGGGAGAAGCUGGCAAGGCCCCCCCACCCCUCGCCCCCCGUCGCCCUGCAGCCCCCAGCCUUGCCGGGUGUUUUUGGGGGCACGGAAAAGCUGUCUUUGCUGGCCAGGCUGGAGGAGGCACAAGCCCGUGGGCGGGUGCUGGAGAGGCAGUUGGAGGAGGCAGCGAGGAGGUGGGGACGGGAGAAGCAGAAGCUCGGCACUCGUCUGCUGGAGCAGGAGCAUGGCUUCCCCAAUGCCCCCGCCUCGAACCUGCCGGCGAUCCCCACGGCCCUCCUGAGAAGACCCCACUCCCUCGCCCCCCUGCCCUAG